UCAAAGUAAGUGACUUCCAUCUCACAGUUCCAUUACCUUCGAAUCGACAAUCUUUAAUGGAAAACCUCCCAUCAUCACGCACUGAGACCACUUUACCCGUUAAAGUAACUGAGUCCGAUCAAAAUGAGACGUAUAAUCCAUUCGAACAUCGUAAAAUCAGUCAUCCAACUACUGACUUUGAAACGUUAAUACACUUCGUGAAGGGAUGUGUUGGUUCUGGAAUUCUAUCAAUGCCAUUGGCCUUUUCAAAUGCAGGAUUAUGGUUCGGAUUAGUUGCAACAUUUACCGUUGGAUUCAUCUGUACAUACUGUGUUCAUAUUCUCGUAAAAUGUGCUCAUAUUCUUUGCAAACGCGCACAGAUUCCUUCGCUAGAUUAUGCUGGCAUUGCUGAAACUGCAUUCUUAGUCGGCCAUAAAAGUCUUCGUAAAUGGUCGAACAUUUCACGGACAUGUGUUAAAUUGUUCUUGAUAUUAUACCUAAUCGGAACUUGUUGUGUUUACGUAGUAUUGGUUGCAUCCAGCAUUAAACAAGUCAUUGAAGUCAUUUCCAACAUACAACUGAACAUUCGACUGUAUAUACUAAUGUUGCUUUUCCCAUUGAUUUUGAGUAACUUGGUUCGACGACUAAAAUAUUUGGUCUGGUAUUCAUUUAUAGCCAACAUACUGAUGGGUAUCGGCUUGGGAAUAACAUUGUACUACAUUUUAACGGAUUUACCUCCCACCACCACGCAAUAUGCGAUAGCGAGUGUAUUUGAUUGGCCAAUGUUUUUCGGAACUGUAAUUUUUGCAAUAGAAGGAAUGGGUGUCGUUAUGUCAUUGGAAAAUAAUAUGAAAAAUCCAACGCAUUUCAUUGGUUGUCCUGGAGUAUUGAACAUUGGUAUGGCUUUCGUUGUGACCUUGUAUGCAACGUUCGGAUUUUUGGGAUUUUUAAAGUAUGGAGCUGCCACAGAAGGAAGCAUUACACUGAACUUACCGGUUGAAGAUAGGCUCGCUCAGUCGGUUAAGUUGAUGAUUGCACUGUCAAUUUUCCUUACGUAUUCUUUGCAAUUUUACGUCCCAGUGGACAUUUUCUGGGAGAAUGUCAGGGGAUAUUUUAAGCAACACUUAAACCUUGCUGAGUAUGUGGUACGGAUCGGGUUAGUGACAUUGACUAUAGUAAUUGCAAUAAUCGUGCCAAAUCUUGGACCAUUCAUUUCUCUAAUUGGUGCAGUGAGUUUGAGCACACUGGGUAUUAUGUUUCCAGCUAUAAUCGAAACGAUUGCGUACUGGAACGAUCCAGGACUGGGCUACUUUUAUUGGAGACUUAUUAAGAAUUCUUUCCUGUUAAUCUUUGGUGUGAUUGGUUUUAUUACCGGCUCUUAUGUAAGCAUCGUAGAAAUAAUAGCAACUACAACGUAGUUUUGAUCGAUAGUUUUUUUUUAUCAAAUAAAUGA